CGUGUAAUCUCCAACUACUGCAUCUGUAAAUAUGACCACGAUGCUGAAUGUAGUUAUAUUAAUGGCCAGUAUUCUGGUAUCUACCCGUACAGCUGAGGGUAAACAAUAUACAGUAAGUGCGUCAACACACAACUUCAAUUUUUUACCACCAACAAAUUAUACAGCCGUGUGUGCCAAAGCCAAAUCAGAGAAUAAACCAUUUAUUGUACAUCCAUAUUCAUGUCGUAUUUUAGUCACAUGUAACGAAUUGUCAGGGAAAGUAUCUUUCACUGAAUGUCCAACUGAUGAUGUGAUGUAUAACGCCUAUUACUCUUGUAACAGGGUCGACAACCAUUACAAAGUAAAUUGUAUAUAUGAUGAAACUAACAAUCCCUGUAGUAAUGCUACAAACCGUGAACUUCGUAUCACAGACGGUAAGACGUGUAGUGGUUACUAUGAGUGUGAUCCUAGUACGGGUUACAAUAGUUUAAAAAAGAUGACAUGCGAUGAUGGACAACGAUUUCACUUUCAAGACGGAUGUGUACCCGACUCUACAUGUGUUUCCAAUGGUGCUGCUCCAUCUGUUUUACCUACAAGAAUCAAUGCUACAUGUAGUGGUGUAACCGAUGAUCCCAACAGCUAUAUGUUAACAGAAUUCUAUGAGAUUAACGGCCUCCCUGAAUACCGAUCUUCUGAAGUGCCAUGUCCUGCCUCCAUGGUUUUUGAUGAAAAUCGCGUAGGAAGUGAAUUCUGCUGUAGCAAUCGUGUAGAUGAUGUCAAGCUAGCCUGUGAACCUAUGAAUCUGGUUCGUGGUACUUCAGCAAAUAAUGGCUGGAGAUUAGCUCUAGCUGGCCACGAGACCCCCUUCAGCAAGAUUGAAGGGAACGCCACAAUCGUUGAUAACACUAACACCCAAUUUAAUGGCUGGGCUUAUUUUGAUGGUGAUGACAUGUUCUCUGCCACAAAAAUGUCCGACAAUGAGCUAAGAUACUACUGGAACAUGACAUUUGAUUUCCAAGCUGGCGAAAUGUCUGGUGACACUGUUGUUGUUGGUAUUCAACCAGGUGGUAAAGUAGCUCUUAUUGCUAACAGUGCCUGUGGUGCUAAACCUACCUAUGGUUGUCAAAUCGAUGUAAAAAGCUUAAAUCGUGGUGUUAUUGAAUGUUUUGCCAACUCACACACAGUUACUACUAAUUCUCGGGAUCUAACCAAAACACAAUCAGUUGUGUUUAAGAGGGACAGAACUAUUGGUACCUUGAUGGUUAGUACAGAGGGACAAUCUACAGAUACUCGAACGUUUAGCUUUCAGGAUAAUGAAGUGAUUUCCGGGAACGAUUGUUCUUUGGCCAUUGGUACUGGAUAUCAAACUAGGAACUUCAUCGGCUUUAUGGACAAUGUCAUGUUCUACAAAAACUGCCAAUAAUUUAACAAGAUCUACCACGGAAUCUAUGGUCUUUCUUAUACAGCAUAUCGUCUGGGGCUUUAUUACGAUCUGCAUUAUUGAAUUAA